UUUUCAUAGUGAUAUCUAAUCAUUCGGAGUUUUGUUAAAUCGAGUCACAUUUAACCGGAAACAUGAUCCCGAAACUUCUCCAUAAAACUAAUUUUCACAGCGAUUGAAGAUCAAUUAAACAAGUUCAGUUUAGUUCGUCUUUGCUGAUGCGUCUGUUCUGAAUCGUUCAGUCAUCCUGUAAUCACGGCUGAUAGUAGUUAAAUGGCUGAACCUGUAAAAUUAUCUCAUCGAACUCGGAAGCGUGUGCGUGAAGUAAAACGUAAAGCUAGACCAGAACUUUAUGCAAAAUCGGCAUGGGUACAAUUAGAAUACCAUCAGAAGUUUGAAUUGUAUCGUAACUUCGACGAUAAUGUCGAGCGCAUUGAUGUUGCCAAGGUGAGCCAGGAACAGUUCAUCGAACGCUACGAGCGUACGUAUAAACCUGUUGUAAUAGAAGGCAUGCAAAAGGGAUGGAAGGCUGAACAAAAGUGGACGCUGGAACGGCUAGCCAAAAAGUAUCGCAAUCAAAAGUUCAAGUGCGGCGAAGAUAACGACGGUUACAGCGUCAAAAUGAAAAUUAAAUACUACGUUGAGUACAUGCGCACCACGACGGAUGACAGUCCGUUGUACAUAUUCGACAGCAGUUUCGGUGAUCAUCACAGGCGCUGCAAACUGCUUGAAGAUUACGACGUGCCAGUUUAUUUUCGGGACGAUCUGUUCAAGCAUGCUGGUGAAGAACGCCGCCCACCCUAUCGGUGGUUUGUGAUGGGACCAGCUCGCUCCGGCACUGGGAUUCAUAUCGAUCCUCUAGGCACCAGUGCCUGGAAUGCGCUCGUACGAGGCCACAAGCGUUGGUGUCUGUUUCCUACACACACACCGAAAGAGCUGCUCAAGGUUACUGGUAACAUAGGAGGAAAGCAACGUGAUGAAGCUAUCACCUGGUUCAGUAUGAUUUAUCCCCGGACGAAGCAAAUCGACUGGCCAAGUGACUGCAAACCGUUAGAGAUUCUACAAAAACCGGGUGAGACAGUUUUCGUGCCUGGUGGUUGGUGGCAUGUCGUCCUCAACCUAGACGAUACCGUUGCGGUGACACAAAAUUUUUGCAGUCGUACCAACUUUCCUAUAGUUUGGCAUAAAACGGUGCGUGGUAGGCCGAAGUUGUCAAACAAAUGGUACAAAGUACUGCAAUCGUUUGAGCCGGAACUGGCGAAGAUAGCAUCAGAAACAGAUCUUCACCAGGGCACAGGUGUGGCGUCGGAUAGCUCAAGCAACUCUAGCUCUUCAUCUUCUAGUUCAAGCAGUGAUGGAAGUGAUAGUGAUUCGAACACGGACAGCGGUCAGGAAUCGCUUUCAGCUCGUAAAUCAAGGAAGCGUCGAAAAGAUAACCUCGGUCCCAGCAUCAUGGUCUGAUUGUCGCUCUGUACUUAUUAUGUACCCUAUAUUGCCUCAAACUAAUGUUGGUCAUCUGCUACGAGUCUGUACAAUGUAUUUCAUUUACAGAAUUUCAAUCAUUUUAUUUCUUUUUUACCAAACUGGACCUCCCCAGUUUCGAAGAUAAGUAUUAAAUAGGUUUUUAUUAUUAAUCACAAACGCUUCUAUGGUGAAAAAGAUAGAUUCGUUAAAAAAAAAAUAAAUAGUUCUGCCACAUUAU